GCGGGGAUCGAUCUUCAACGAAGCCAAGAAGCUUAGCCGCCUCAGCGUAGUCGAUAACAACAAUAUUGCGAUCAUCCACUUUUCAAUGAUUUUCUCCAAAUUUUGAGUAGUUGUUCGUUUGCUAGAAUUUAUUCGAGAAAUUUGCAGGUGAAAGGUCUGGAGAAUUUUCUUCUUUGGAGAUUGAUAGUGACGCAGUUCAAUGGAAGAAGAGGAAGAAGACAGGAUUUUACUGAGCACUUUAGGCGUCACGUCGGCCAAUCCUGUAGAUAUUGAGCGUGACCUCAUAGAGAAGGCGAGAGAAGAUGCAGGAGACUCUCAUAAAGUUGCUGCAGACAUUGAGGAACAUGACACUGUAAAGAGCAAUGGGACCUCAUCUCAUGGCCAUGGUAACUUGGUUAACAAAUUGAGGGCAGUUAACCUUGAAUUAGAUGCUGUUAGAUCUGCUGUAGAACAGUUAGAGGACUUCAAGAGAGACAAGGAUCAACUUUCGGAUGAGGAUGACAAGACAGAGCAGGAUAAUGCAGAAGGGGAUACAAUUGUUCGUCAGUCAUCAUCAAGUGUGACCCUUCAGCAUGCUCUUGCCACAGAUCGAUUAGACAGCCUGCUAAAAACGAGGGCUCAGCUUGAGAAAGAGAUCUCCGAAUCUUUUAAGAGUAACCAAGAUGAUGACAGGUUGAUAAGAAACCUUGUAAAAGAAGUGCCCAAAUCUAAGCGAGGAUUGAAAGAGGUUGAUAAUAUAAGCCGUAAUAAGAACAAGCGGCUUAAAAAAGUUUCAGUAGAUGAUGACGAUGAUGAUUUUGAAGCCAUUCUGAAUGCAACAUCUGCGGGGUUUGUGGAGACUGAAAGGGAUGAGCUAAUUCGGAAAGGAAUUUUAACUCCUUUUCACAAGCUUAAAGGAUAUGAACGUCCUAUCCAUGAGCCUGGAUCAUCCAGUAUGCACGUAGCAUCUGAGGAUCCAAUGGAAUAUAAUGAUCUUGCUUCCUCCAGCAUAGCCAGGGCUGUCCAGUCAAUUUCGAAGGCCUCAAAAGCACGCCCGGCAACCAAAAUGCUUGAUCCUGAAGAAGUACCUAAACUUGAUGCACCCAGCUUCCCAUUUCAAAGACUUCAGACUCCUUUGAAGAUCCCUCAGUCCCUCAAAACAGAAUCAGACAAGGUCAAAGAAAUUACAAGAACGAAAAGAAGGCCUCAACCUGGGAAGAAGUGGAAAAGGUUGAUUUCCCGUGAGGAAAAGCUCGAGGAAGAAGGUGAUUUGAAGACUUCCAGUAACAGAGAUGAUAACCUUGAAGGUGUAGAAGAUGUGGAUGAUGAGGAAUCUUCAUUUGUUACGCUUGAGGGGGGAUUAAAAAUCCCAGAAACAAUUUUUAGCAAACUUUUUGACUAUCAGAAGGUUGGUGUCCAAUGGUUAUGGGAACUUCAUUGUCAAAGAGCAGGUGGAAUAAUUGGGGAUGAGAUGGGCCUUGGUAAAACAAUACAGAUCUUGGCCUUUCUCGGAUCAUUGCAUUUCAGUGGAUUGUACAAACCCAGCAUUAUUAUUUGUCCAGUCACACUCCUACGGCAGUGGAAGCGAGAAGCUAAGAAAUGGUACCCAGACUUCCAUGUGGAGUUAUUACAUGAUUCUGCACAGGAAACACCCUGUAGAAAAAAGCAACCAAGAUCAAGUGACAGUGAUAGUGAUUCUGAUGAUUUGAGUGAUGGUGAUUAUGAAGAAAAAUCAUCGUCAAAAAGCACUAACAAGUGGGAUUCUUUGAUAAAUCGUGUCAUGAGAUCAGAGUCUGGACUACUGAUAACCACGUAUGAGCAACUUCGCCUGCAAGGGGAUAAAUUGCUUGAUAUUGAAUGGGGAUAUGCAGUUUUAGAUGAAGGACAUCGAAUUCGGAAUCCAAAUGCUGAGGUUACUCUUGUUUGCAAACAGUUGCAGACUGUUCAUCGCGUAAUAAUGACUGGUGCUCCUAUUCAGAACAAGCUAUCUGAGUUGUGGUCUUUAUUUGAUUUUGUGUUCCCUGGGAAGUUGGGUGUCUUGCCAGUGUUUGAGGCAGAGUUUGCGGUUCCCAUAUCUGUUGGUGGUUAUGCCAAUGCAACUCCAUUACAAGUAUCCACUGCCUACAGAUGUGCUGUUGUCCUACGUGACUUAAUCUUGCCUUAUCUCCUACGCCGAAUGAAGGCAGAUGUAGAUGCUCACCUUACAAAGAAGACUGAACAUGUCCUCUUCUGCAGUCUUACUCAUGAGCAGAGAUCUGUGUAUCGUGCUUUUCUUGCUAGCUCGGAAGUUGAACAAAUUUUUGAUGGAAGCAGAAACUCUUUAUAUGGAAUUGAUGUUAUGCGUAAAAUUUGUAACCAUCCCGACCUUCUUGAGAGAGAACAUUCUCAUGGAAAUCCAGAUUAUGGGAAUUUCAAACGCAGUGGAAAAAUGAAGGUUGUUGCUGAAGUACUUAAUGCAUGGAAAGAUCAGGGACACCGCGUUCUUCUUUUUGCACAAACAACUCAGAUGCUUGACAUCAUGGAGAAUUUUCUUGUUGCCAGUGGCUAUAUUUAUAGGAGAAUGGAUGGUAUGACUCCUGUGAAACAGAGAAUGGCCCUGAUAGACGAGUUUAACAAUACAGAUGAUGUAUUCAUUUUCAUUUUAACAACCAAGGUUGGUGGUCUGGGAACAAAUUUGACUGGUGCUAACAGAGUGAUAAUCUUUGACCCCGACUGGAAUCCCUCAACAGAUAUGCAGGCUAGAGAACGUGCUUGGCGUAUUGGCCAAAAAAAAGAUGUAACAGUCUAUAGAUUGAUUACUCGUGGAACCAUUGAAGAGAAGGUUUAUCAGAGGCAGAUAUAUAAGCAUUUCCUGACAAAUAAGAUAUUGAAGAAUCCGCAGCAGAGAAGAUUUUUUAAAGCCCGUGACAUGAAGGAUCUUUUCAUAUUGAAUGAUGAUGGCGAUGGUGGCUCUACUGAAACAUCUAGCAUUUUUAGCCAGAUAUCUCACAAAGUAAAUAUUGUUGGAGCUAGCAAAGAUAAGCAGGAUGAGUCGACUCCCGUGAAACCUAGCACAUCCAAAACAGAUGCUUUAACAAUUGAUUUAGAAAACGAGGUAGGUAAAAACAUUGGUCAAGACAAAGCCAGUUGCAGUGAUGCGAAAGCAGAUGAAGAGACAAACUUUUUGCAGACUCUCUUUGAUACCCACGGGAUUCAUAGCGCUGUAAACCAUGAUGCAAUUAUGAAUGUAAAUGAUGAAGAGAAGAUGAAGCUUGAGGAGGAGGCCUCAAAGGUAGCCCAAAGAGCCUCGGAAGCAUUGCGACAAUCACGAAUGCUCCGGAACCGAGAAAAUAUAACCGUUCCAACAUGGACUGGAAAAUCAGGAGCUGCUGGUGCACCAUCAUCAGUGAGGAGGAAAUUUGGCUCCACAGUUAAUUCCCACUUGGUAACUUUGAGGCAAUCAGAAGUAGUUUCAAAUAAUGGUGCCAGCAAGUUAAAUAGAUUUGCUGCUGGUGCGUCUUCUGGUGAAGCCUUAUCUUCCGGAGAGUUGUUAGCUAGGUUAAAAAGAAACCAAGAACAAGCUGUCAGUGAUGGUCUUGAACAUCAGCUAGCUAUUGGUACACCUUCCAAUGGAAGAGAACGGUCCGCAGCUAACAGUCAUUCUAGAUCAGCAAGCAACACUGUAGUACUUCCAGAACUUCUGAUUCGUCAAAUCUGUUCUUUCAUUCAGCGACAAGGUGGGAGCUCAACUUCAGCCACAAUAGUGGAUCACUUCAAAGACAGGAUACCUUCAAAAGAUUUGCCUUUGUUCAAGAGUCUUCUCAAGGAGAUAGCUUCAUUGGAGAAAAACCCUAGUGGAUCAUAUUGGGUUCUGAAGCCAGAAUAUCACGAUCAAUGAUGUCCACUGAAGCCGUUCUUCUUGGAAAUCUUCUUCUGUUUCACGAUGGGACACUCAUAUUUGCUGAACUAACAGGAACACCACCCUCUGGACAACGUUUUUGAUGUACAGGGAACAUUACUUGGCCUUUUGUCAUUCAUUGCCACACACCAGGUGGUUAAAGUGAAGUAUCUUCACAGUUUUGAGUAAAUUUUUUCUGGCUUGGUGGGCGCUGUGAUUGUUGGCAUGUCGCAGGUUCUCAUCUUCUCGUAUAAAUUCAUUUUAAGUUGAUUUAAGUGCGUCCGAAGAUGGUUUAUUGUGGUGCUCAGAGUUUUCAUGUGAUGAAUAUCAUCAUGUCGUGAGCAACGAAUGAUAUUGGAAGUAAUCUUCCGACUUACAAAUUGUGAAUUUAUGUGGUGUAGAAAAUGGAACUAUGAGGGCUAUUGUAAGAUUAAAAUUUUCAAAGUUGAAGGACACCAUGAAGGGUGGGGUUAGGGAUUUGAGAUCUCUCAAUAUUCAUUUGAAAUAUAUAUAUAAAAAAAAAAUCAUUUCGCG